AGAGCAGCCACAUUUAGGGAUGGUCGCAUUUUUCUAGAGUCCAUUCCCUCGCUCGCCUAGCUCCUCGGCUCCUCUGUGUGUCGGGGAGCCUUCCCGCGCACGUGUACACGAAGAAAUGUGUGAGACACCAACUUACUGUGACCUAGGAAAGGCUGCCAGAGAUGUCUUCAACAAAGGAUAUGGGUUUGGUAUGGUUAAAAUAGAUCUUAGAACCAAGUCUUGCAGUGGAGUGGAAUUUUCUACAUCUGGUCAUUCAUACACUGACACAGGUAAAGCUUCGGGUAAUUUGGAAACGAAGUACAAGAUCUGUGACUAUGGGCUUACCUUCGUUCAAAAAUGGAACACAGACAAUACCCUGGGGACAGAAAUCAGCAUGGAGGAUAAAUUGGCUGAAGGUUUGAAGGUGACUCUUGACACCAUAUUUGUACCAAACACAGGAAAGAAGAGUGGGAAAUUAAAGGCCUCCUAUAAGCGGGACUGUUUCAGUCUUGGUGGAAAUGUUGACAUUGAUUUCUCUGGACCCACCAUCUAUGGCUGGGCUGUAUUGGCUUACGAAGGAUGGCUCGCUGGCUAUCAGAUGAGUUUUGACACGGCUAAAUCCAAACUGUCUCAGAAUAAUUUUGCCUUGGGUUAUAAGGCUGUUGACUUCCAACUGCACACACAUGUGAAUGAUGGCACUGAAUUUGGAGGGUCAAUCUACCAAAAGGUUAAUGAGAAAAUUGAAACGUCAAUAAAUCUUGCCUGGACAGCUGGCAGUAACAACACCCGUUUUGGCAUAGCUGCUAAGUACAAGCUGGAUCCAAAAACUUCUCUAUCUGGUAAAGUGAAUAAUGCCAGCCUUAUUGGACUUGGUUAUACUCAGACACUCCGAGCAGGUGUAAAAUUGACGCUUUCAGCUUUAAUUGAUGGGAAAAACUUCAAUGCAGGAGGUCACAAGGUUGGGUUAGGAUUUGAAUUGGAAGCUUAAUAUAGAUUUUAGUAAAGUAUCAAAUCUAUUCCUGGAAAUGAAGAGAAAUGAACCCACUCUGUUUUGGCCUUAAUAUUCUUCUGUGAAAUUUCAACAAUGUGAACUUUUUAUUCUUCCAAAGAAUUGUUGUAGCGCCACCACACUGAAGUCUAGAGGUUUUUGAGUCUAUUAUAAGAAAGAGAUACUUGAAGGCAUGCAUGGAAGUUGUAAUGUUUGUGCCACAUUUCAGUUCAGUUUCUCAGUGUUACUUUAAAUUUGUUCUUCAACAACAGUGUAGUGUCAUGUUAUAAAGGAAAUGACCCGAUCCUCCAGUUUGUACAUCAUGUCCUGCAUGUCCUACACCACUUUUUCAUGACCUUUUAUCAAAUUGGUCUCUGUGCUAUAGUGAAAGCUUUGGUUUUGCAUCAGAGUAAAAUAAAUUCAUCACAUUUGGAACAUAA